AUGCGCCUGAUGAUCCUUCUGCUCUUCACCUUUGUAAAUUUAGUGGCUAGUAUUCCGUCUAAAGGAUGCAUGUUAUGUUCAAACGUUCUAAUAGAAAGGCAUCCAAAUGAAGCUAGGGUCGAGCUGGAGAAGGUCGUCGACGGCACGGGUUGUUUUGUGCAAAAUCUGAAAUGCCUUGGAAAUGACAUAAAAUCUGAAACAUUUGUACAGUUUAAUCACGGAAGAACCGGAUUUCUGGCUCAUGGGGCACAAGAAUUGCAAUUACAAUGUUCAGAUGAGGGUCGAUGGCGAUUCGAACAUAGUGAAUUGGGCAGUAUCGCUGUUGAGAGUGUCUCUUGUCUCUCUACAUGA